CUUGUGGGAGAACGCCAACUGAAAAAGGAGGACCCAUCAGUAUCGUCCAAAUCUCGAAUCGUUCAGACAUUUACUGUAGCUGGUCUAUCUCUGUUUCAGGAUGAAUUUUACGAGAACAUUGUCGUUCAUUUUGACCUGAAAGGCGCCCCACCUAGGGUAUCGUACUUCUUGGAUCUCCUGGAUAUCGUCGCACGAUCUGGAGCCACAGGUGUACUCCUCGAGUGGGAGGAUAUGUUCCCGUGGACAGGGCAGUUGGCAGUAGCGAAAAGUACUGAUGCCUACUCAUUGGAUGAGGUAAUCCUGGCAGAGGGUUACACUCAUCAUUGCAGGGCACUGAAUCUAGAUGUGAUCCCAUUGGUACAGACUUUCGGGCAUUUGGAAUGGAUCCUAAAAUUGGAACAGUUUAGAAAGUAUCGUGAAAAUGAUGCAUAUCCACAGGUUAUCUGCCUUGGUGAUGAAGAAGCCGUAGCGAUUGUAAGAGAUGCACUGAAGCAGGUAAUAGACGUCCACAAGGAGUUCGGCCUCAACUACUUCCACAUUGGAGCCGAUGAGGCAUUCGAAUUUGGAGUGUGUACAAAGUCACAAGAAUGGAUUGCAUCUCAUGGAUCAGGUUCCAGUAAACAGCUCCUUGCCCUAAAUCAUUUGAAGAAUAUAUCACAGUAUGUGAAGCAGCUUACAUCGGGAGCAACAGUCCUUGCUUGGCAUGAUAUGCUCAAAGACUUUGAUACCCGAGUCAUUUCUCAACUUGAAUUGGGUAACCUAAUCGAACCGGUGAUCUGGGACUACUCGGAAAAUAUCGUUACCAUGCCAGACUCGUCCUUUGCCCAGAUCGCCAACAACUUCCCUGUAGUCUGGGCAUCAUCCGCUUUCAAGGGAGCGAACUUCCCAUCUGCUAAGUACAUCGAUAUUCGUCACUAUGAAACGAACAAUAGAGCUUGGAUCGAUACAAAAAUUGCUCAACAAGAGAAAUUCACGAAAUUUCACGGAAUUAUCAUUACUGGAUGGCAAAGAUACGAUCAUAUGGCAGCCAUUUGUGAGAUAUGGCCUAUGGGAACACCAUCGAUGGUGUUGAAUGUGCAGAUAGCCAAAAUGGGAGCAUCGAAGGAUUACCAUGUGGCCCGUGAUCGAGCUGCCCGAGUGCUUGGAUGUAGGGAAUUCCACGUGGGCGGCUUGGAUCUCAUCAGCAAUAGGUGCACUAAUUAUAGAACAGCUCAGCAAACAAUCAGCUAUAUAGAAACUGAAUUGGAAAAGAAUCAUCACAUCAUGGGAUGGCUUUCACCAUACAAUAUGCGGUAUAAUUAUACUCAGAACUGGUACGUUUUCACAGUAGAAAGGGAAUUGUCGAAGCUGUUCUUUGACAAUACCGUGGACGAGUUCAUCUACCUAACGAUUUCACCAACGAUCGAUCGAUUACAAAAAUAUUUGGAUGAAGUUAAACGAUUAUCAGCGCUGAGGGUUUAUCCCAAAAGGCCGUUUCGCAUUUAG